AUGGAGUUCGCUUUUCCACCAGGUUCCGGACCACGACUUCUUUUUGGACAUCGUUUGAAAGUACAUACACUACACACAGAGCUGACAGAUUCUCGGCAGAGACAAAUAUGCCUGACUGUGAGCAGAUCGGUUGAAGUUCAGCACUCAAUGUGCACAAUGCAUCUUUCCAAGAAGACACUUCGUAAAGAUGAUGGUUGCUUUCCUGCAGUCAUUGCGGAAUACGAUGCUUGUUGCCAUUGCCCAAAAAUUGCACCAUGCGAGUGGAGAGCGUUUAACACCCUGAGACCGGUAGAUAGUAUUGUCAUUACGAAGGCCGAUAAGGGUAAGCCAUAG